CAAAAUUCAAGUUCAUUUCAUUAAUUUAACUGUUAAUAAAUAGUAUAAUUUAAUAAACACUCGAGUUAAACUCUGCUCGUUUCCACUGUGCAGCAGACCAACCCAAUGGAUUUUAGUAAGAUUUUUUUAAUAAUACGGUAUACGGAGGACCAAUCUGACAAUUCCAGCCAGGAAAAAAAAUAUCUUUCACUUGGGGGGCCGAAUGCAAAUAAAUAUCUGCCCAAUCCACUUUGCGUGAGCGAACACAAAAUACGAAACAGAGCGAAGGUAGAGAAAGAGAGCGAGAAAAAAAUGGAGUUCGCGAGACCAAGCCGAAGCGACGUCCACCUGAACCGCCGUGAGGCGGCGGAGUUGGAGGCCGCCACCCGCCAGUACUUCGAUGGGGUCGCACCUAAGCGGCACACCAAGCCCCAGCGCAGCGAGUACUCGUCCGCUUAUGCUGACGCGAUCUCCUCCGAUGAUGGCGUCAUACCCGAGCACGUUCAGUUCCAGUAUCUGGAGAAGGAUAAUGAGAAACUAGUGUACAGUGGAGGUAAAGUUGAUGAGGAAUUUACUGAAACAGAAUAUUACAAGGAUCUCAACGGAGUCGACAAGCAGCAUCACACGACUGGAUCAGGGUUCAUAAGAGUGGACAGCUUAAAAGGAAAAAGCUUCAGCCUUUCAUCUGAUUCUUCUACUGAAUGCCACCCCUCGUGCAGGGGAAACCCGGCUACGAACGAUUGGAUCCCGAAUACCACUGAGAUGGUGGAUUUUAUCACUGACAAGCCCAGCAGGAGUGGUUGAUUUGGGUGCAUGAACCGUGUGUUUUCAUUGCAUAUUUGGACAUUAUAUUUGAAAUGUGUGUGUUAAUUUGUUGGUCCUCUAAGCAGGCUAUGGUUAAGAUGGUCUAUGAAUGAAUAAAGAUUUUUGCAACACAUUUCAGCUUGUAUGUUUGCGCAAACUGUAUGCUUUUGUUAUUAUUCGGCUUUCAUGGGGAAGAGAUAUAUUAGUGUAUCGUUUUUUAUGAAUACUAGUAAGGGACACGUGCGAUGCACGUGGGGAAAAUUAAUUUUUUCUAAUUUAGUUCACGAGGAGAUGUGUGUUUUAUGGUACUAUUUUUUCUUAAACUCUCUCUUAAUAGAAAGUAUGUAGUGGUCGGGAUAAAUUAUUAAUUUUCUAAGGUAAAAUAGAUAGUAGA